AUGUUGAUAGUUGAUAAAUCCGAAAUUGGUGACGGUGAUGAUGAUGAUGAUGAUGAUGACAAUGAUAAUAGUCAACAAUUUACACGACGUUUGAGUUUUACAGAGAAAACGAAGCAGCGUUUAGAAAUUUAUCGACGUCGUUCAUUACAACAAUUUCAUGAUGAUGGUACACAUCGCGUUGACAUCCGUUCGAAUAAAAGUUGCAGUGGAAGAAUGGAUAUUAAUGGUUCACCAUUUGCUCUCAAAGCAUAUGAUACCGAUCGAUUAAUAGUCUCAGAUAUUCCACGACUUGUAACGUAUAAUCAACCAGUUGAAUUUACAAUCGAUGCGUCGAAAGCAGGAGAAGGUCAACUUGAAGUUGCAAUUAAUGAUGGACUUGUACCAAAUCAAGUAAAAGCAUUGGGCAAUUCGAAAUUUCUUUUUACAUUCAUACCUAAAACUACCGAUCCACAUUUUGUCUCGAUUAAAUUCAAUGGACAGUUAUUACCUGAUUUUCCCAAAGAAUGUCAAAUAUUUUCAACAGAAGACAUCACUACUCGUGGUCCUGGUCUAAGUCAAGCAUUACUCGGUGCACAAACAUGGUUUACUGUCGAAACACCCCAUGGAGAAUCCAAUGAUGUGAAAGUUACUGUUCUCACACCGAAUAAUGAAGAAUUAAAUCCAACCACACGUGUCACCGCCGAUGGACUCCGAGUCGAUUGGAUGCCAUCAGAAGUUGGCACCUACACUGUUCACGUCACAUUUGCUGGUAAUGCUGUGCCGGGCAGUCCGUUUCGUGUGAAAUGUUAUGAUCCAAAAAAUGUUCUUAUUACUCCGCCAACAAGUGAUAGCGCCGUUCGAAAACCAACGAGAUUUCUAGUUGAUGCAUCUCACGCUGGUGAAGGCAACCUUGAAAUUAGUGUAAAUCAUUCCGGUCGUAACAUUCCUAAUCAAGUGAAUCCUAUUGGCAAUAGCCGUUUCGAAGUUCAUUUUACUCCACAAGAAGCAGUGGUACAUUAUUGCAAUGUGUUAUUCAAUAGCGAACCUGUUCCAGGAAGUCCGUUUGCGGUUAAUGUAAUGGAUACGCAACGUGUGGUUGUGUUUGGGAAGGGUUUAGGAUCUGUACCGGUCAAUAUUCCGACUUCGUUCACAAUCUUAACACAAAAUGCUGGCGCUGGAGAAUUGAAAUGUUCAAUAAAAGAUCCUGACGAUCAUGGAGUUUCUUGUGUGAUAGCCAAGACAGAUACCAGUCGGUAUGAAGUUUCGUAUACGCCAGAUACCAUUGGUGAUUAUAAAAUUGAAGUAUUACAUAAUAAUGUUCCCGUCGAUGAUAAGCCAUACAUUGCUCGGGUUUUUGAUAUCAAUAAAGUUAUGAUUCAUGAUUUUCCGUCGUCAGCUAUUGUCGAUACAGCGACUUAUUUUAUAAUUGAUGCAACUGAUUCCGGUUCGGGCAACCUGGAGAUCGCUGUGUCAAUCAAUGAUAAAAACAUUCCGAAUUAUGUUCAAAACGAAGGCGGUGCUCGUUUUCGAGUCAAAUUUACUCCCGAUCAAAGUGGAAUGUACCAUAUACAGAUAAAAUUCAAUGGGAUUGAUAUUCAAGGAUCGCCAUUUACAUGUAAUGUAUUUUCAAGUGAUUUUAUAUUUGAAAACUAUGAAUAUGCACCGAUUAACAAACGUACAGCAUUUGUUCUGAAGCCAAAAGCGAAUUCUGUCUUGAAUCCUAAUCUUUACAUUCAUGUGAUUUCUCCAUCUGGCCACGAAUGCGAAGGCAAAAUUGAAGAAAAAUCUCCUAAUCUCUACACAGUUCGGUUUCUUCCGAAUGAAAUCGGCGAUCAUAAAAUCAUCUUCUACAGCGAUAAAGACAAGACAUUUCUGAUAACGAAAUUUAUCAGUCAAGUAUUUGAUGCCAGUAAAAUACGUAUUAGUGAUUUGCCACCUGCAGUUCCACAUCGUCCAUAUAAAUUCACCAUUAAUACCGAAGCGGUUGGUGAUGGUCAUUUAUCGAUAAAACUCAAGCAAAACAGUAAUCGAUUAUCGCAUGAACAAACUCGUCUUAAUGCUCAUAAUUAUGAAGUUUCAUUCAUACCGGAAACAUCGGACGAGUGUACACUUUCGAUUCUAUUCAAUGGUGAUGAUGGAUUAGGUAAUCUCAAAAUACCAGUGAUGCCUGACUCGAAGGAAAUUCGCGUUGCACAUAUUCCAACUGGCACCGUCGGUAAACCAAUUAUCUUUACAAUUGAUAUUAACGAACCCAAACCACUCGAUGUUCUUGUGACUGAAUCACAUGGUGGUCGGGUGAUUCCGCAUACGAUGAUUCCAUUGAAUAUCGAGAAAAAACGAUACCAAAUUACAUUUAUACCAUUAGUCGCUCGUCAACAUACUGUAUCAGUGGGUUAUAAUAAUCAGCCAAUGUCAAGUUAUCAUGUUGAUGUGUUCGAUAUCAAUAAAAUACGUGUGAGUUCAAUUGAAGAUGGUAUCGUUGGUACACCAUUAGUUUUCACUGUUGAUACACACGGUGCUGGCGAAGGUCAUCUCGAAGUAACGAUUAGUGAUGGUAAACGUACAUUGCCAGCUGAAUUGAAAAGUAUUCAUGCACGGAAAUUUGAUAUUGGUUUUCUACCUGAAACAAGUGGAAAGUAUAUGAUAACGAUUGCAUUCAAUGGAAUACCAGUUGAAGGUAGUCCAUUUGUUAUUCAUAUUCAGGCGGCAUCAUUAGCAAAUGAUAAAGCAAGUACACAAGGACAGUUAGGUGAAGAAGAUGAUGAAGAAGAGGAGGAGGAAGAAGCUGAAGAAGAAGAAGAAGAAGAAGAGGAGGAAGAGGAAGAAACUGGUGAACAUGAAUUUUUAAUCGGUGGCCAAUUAGAAGGAACCAAAGUUGGAGAACUUGCUUGGUUAAUCUGUGACACGCCACUUAGUGAAAUCUAUGAAGACUUUGAUCUAUUCGUGUCAGAUCCCGACCAAGUUACUAUUAAACAUACGAGAAUACAAGAUUCUGGUGGUCGAUGGCGUGUGGAGUUCGAACCAAUUAAAUCAGGUAUUCAUCAAAUUCAAACAAAUGUCAACGGCAAUGAUGAAUCAUCGCUUAUUUUGGCUUCGAUGGAUAUCUUACCUGCAAACUAUCAUCGAACAAUCGAAGGUGAAAGAAUUAUUCAUCCCAAUGUACUCAAUUAUAUCACAAUUAAUUCGACUAAUGAUAAUUUAAAAGUUCGCAUACGACGUUCGAAUGGAGAUGAAGUACCUGUCGGUCUUGAACGAGAUGCAUUAGAAUGGAAAGUGUAUUGUACACUUGCUGAAACUGAUUAUUACCAAAUGAGUGUUAAUGAUAAUGGCGACGAACAAAUAUUUGAUAUCCAUUGUGUUAGCGAGGAAACAGAUAUAUUCCGAAAUGGCGGUAUUGAAGAUAUAACUCGAUUGAUUGUUGAUGAAAGUAAAUUAAAUGGUAGUGAUGUGAAUGUGAUCGUUAAAGAUCCAUUUGCUCAUACGAUACCGGCAGCGUUCUAUCGAAAUUUUAAUCGCGAUUUGAUUAUUGAAUACGUACCAACGAAGUUGGAUGUUCAUGAGGUGUUUAUACGAACACAUAAUAAUCUUCUGGAUAUAUGCCCGAUUCGUAUAAUGUCGUUUGGAGCGAUUAGCCCAUUCGAACCAGUACUUCGUGUACAAGUCAAAGAAGUUCUCCAGCAUACAUUUGAAGGUGUUAUUGAUAACGUCGACAAAAUUCAAAUCGAUAUCAUUGAUUCAUUUGAAAGACCGUUACCGUUUCAACGUUCUACAAAUGAAAUUGGAGAAUUAACUGUUGCUUUAUCGCCAGUGCGUGUCGGAACUCAUUGGAUUCGUGUAUCAAAUAAUGAUAGUAAAAACUUUGCUCUAUUACCAAUCUUUGCCUACGAUGAUGACUAUGUUCCACUUUCUCCAAUCGUCACACCAUCACCAGAUGAUAAAAAAGGCAAACAGAAAUCCUCGAAAAAUAUGAAUCACAAUCAUAACAAUAAUAAUAAUAAUACAGGAUUCGACACGUUCAUUCCACUUCUGGCAGGAAAAGACCUCACAACCAUCAGUGAAACAACGGAAACAUCGUCUUCACGAACAUCAUCCGCUACGUCUUCGGAGCUACCACCGCCACCUUCGCCUGUAAAAGAAAUCGUUGCAGAGAAUCCUCCGGCUUCUACUGCUACAUUUCCCAAAGUACCAACGACAGAUGGUCGCGUUAGUCCGGAAGUACAAGUGCUCGAUAUUACUGAUCUUAAUGAUCCAGGCGUUGGAACUGUUUCGAAAUUUAGUUUCAAAGAUCCUGAUAAUAAAUUCAAUAUUGCAAUAUUUGAUACUGAUGGAAACACGAUUAGUUACAGAACUGAGCAUCUUCUCGAUGGACGAAAACAAAUCUUCUACGAAGUUACGACUGUCGGACCUGUGGAAAUUCAUAUAUCGAAAGAAAAUGAGCCGAUCAAUGGUAGUCCGUUGAUAGUUCAUGCAUUCAAUCCUGCUUCUGUUUACUUAAUGGAUUUCCCGGAUAAACUUCAGCUAAAUACUACCAAUCGAUUUAUUAUCAAUCCAACGAAAGCUGGCAAAGGCUCAUUAAAGAUCGCUGUAAAAGAUCCAAAUAAUCGAAGUGUCCCUAUAACCGUUCUCAAACGAUCCAAUGGUCAUGUCACAGUAGAAUUCAAACCUGUAACAUUAGGUUUGUAUACAACUUCUGUAUUAUUUAAUCGUGUACCAAUACCCGAAACACCGCUUCGUGUUGCUGUGGAGGCGAAAGAGCUAGCCAAAACUCCCGAAGAAAAUGUUCCACCACCACCACCGACUUUCACUGGCAGUUCAGGUAGCAUUGACGAUAUUGAAUUACGCGGUCGUGUAUCACAUCCGAAAUCAAUCGAACGUGAACGACCACGUUCCGUAUCAUCUCAAACAACAUUCGAUCCAAUCAAUACGCGCUUAUCUAAAUCUAACGAAAAUAUCACCCAAACGGUAUCUCAACAGACGCCGCCCUUCAUUGAGCAACAUCGCACGCAACGUGUCACGAAAUCAGAAGAUCGACACUCGUCAGCAUCUGUCACAACUCCAUUGAACGAUUUGCAAAUUCAACGGUUCAACAUACUCAAAGAUAAAUUCGAACGUCAGCAACCAAUCGAUACCGUAUUCGAUUCUCGCCGAUAUCCAUUCAAAGUCUUUUUGCAACAUCCUUAUCCGUUGACUAAUAUUGAUGUUCACCUGUUAAUUGAUCUUCCACAUAUUGCAUAUGUACACGUCACUAUCAAUGGAACAGAGAUUCCUCUUCAAGCCGCCCGACGAAAUGAUGACACAUUUCUAUUGAAAUUUCGACCCAUCACCGCGGGAGAUUAUUCAAUCAUAUUAAAAGAUUUUCUUGAACAACCAAUUCCUGGUUCACCAUUCAUUUUUCCUGUUUAUAAUCCUAGUAGUGUUCAUUUCGAAGCAUCGAAUCGUUUACAACCAAUCAAUGACUGUCAUCUGAUUUGUAAUAUUGAUAAAGCCGGUCCGGGCAAAUUCUUCGUUAUGGUCUAUUCUCAAAUAGAGGAAAAUCAAUUUCAUCCAAUCAUCAUUCCAAUUCAUAUUCAUCCGCUUCCAUCAAAUCAUAUCCGUAUAUCGAUAUCACCACCGAAGAUCGGCACGUAUCGAAUCUACACAGCCUAUCGAAACAUUCCAAUAAACGAACAUCUGAGCAAAUCUCGAACAACUUAUCGAAAUCUUCAUCAACCACCAAGUCCAACCAUGCUGUCAACAAAAGCAAAGAACACAACUACGACAACAAAAUCAACACCAACAUCACCUUCAAAUGAUACGGGAAUGUUUCGUGCAAUACGCGGUCAAGUUAUCAUACAUCACGAUGAUGAUCGGUCGUCAAAAGUUCAACGCGAAGAAGAUGUAGACGAAGACGAAGAAGAGGAAGAACUUGAAAAUAUUCCCGUUAGUCGUUCGAAUGGUGGCAACUAUGAAUUACACUAUGAUGUUGACAAUCCGUUGGAAAUCUCCUGCUCGAUGUCGCUUUCGUCAGCAGAAACCAUCUCUGAUCAUUCGCCAUCGCCAACUCGACAUACUUCAUCGAUAAAUGCCGAUGAGAAUAAUUCGAGUUCAAAGCCUGAUCAUACACCUAUUGAACUCUCAGAUGAGGAUGAGGAUGAUGAUGAUGAUGAUGAUGACGACGAUGAUGGUGGUGAUACACCAUCACCAAUCUUGAGCGAUAAUAAUCACCUUGAGAAAAACGUGAUUGACCAGGAUGCUAUCAAGGUACAAGAUGAAAAACUACGGACGUUUCGUGGUUGGCACUUAUCUAUGCUUAAGCAAAUCGAUGAGAAACUACGAGAAAUCGAACUCGAAACAGUUAAUCUGCCCACGACAGUCACAACUAAUACGACAACAGCAACGACUCCGACAUCAAUCAUCGAAACGAAUAAAACAAUCAUUAAACCAUUGACAAACAAGAAAAAAGUACUGCGUCCCACCAUUCGUCGACGUUUCGAAACCACGAAUGUGAAACGCCAUCACUCGCCUAUUCCUCAGAUUAAAAUCAGCACCUAUCGCUCGCGCACACCAUCAGGAGAGAAAGAAUCUCGUACAUUAGUAAUUAAUUUACCACCUUCAUCCUCCUCAUCAUCGUCGUCAUCAGAUAACGAACAAGAUUUUCCACCGCCACCGGCACCUUCGGAGCCCAUACAUAUUCGUAUUGUGCAAAGUCCGAGUCAUCCUCUAUGCCAACGUUCACAAAGUACUGAACGUUUAAUUUUACGUGAUCAAGGUGCACAAACCGAACCAUUCAAUAGUUCGAAUGGCUUCAUUGAUCAUCGACCUAUACGUCCAGCAAGUGUCGAAUGUGAUCGAAUACAGCCGACACGUUCAUUGACCCGUGCACAAAGUAAUCAAUUUCUUCAGCAAAAUCAACAACAGAGGCCCAUACCGCAACGGCCACAACUAUUUCAGCCUCAUCUCUAUCAGAAUCUUCCUCACCCGCAACAACAGCAACAGCAACAACAACAACAGCAGCAGCAGCAGCUGCAAUUUCCUCGCCAGCAGCACACUCCACAAGCAAGUGAACAAAUCAAAUUCUACAGUUUACGUAGUCGAAAUGUUCGAUCGCGACCUAGUAUUGUUACUCAGACACCAACGCCAAUAUCGCAAUUACCACCCGUACGUCCUGUCAUCCCGCAUCGAUCAGUAUCUGUUGAGAAGAAAAUACCGCCUCAACCUAGACCACAACCAAAAUCAACUAAUACUCACGCACCAAAAGUAUCUGCUGAUCCAUCUGUAUACUCGGAUGAUUAUGGACAUGUUACGCAAAUGGAUACGAGAAAUUUAGGGACAUUAGUCGACAAAGUUUUCGAUGAUAUCUAUCAAGACAAACCGUCAGAUUUCUAUCGAGAUUAUAGGCAACUUUUAAACGACAUUCAAGUUCGAUUUAGUAUGGUCUCUUCGUCUGAACAACCGAAUACUACACAUCAACAUAAUCACCAUCGUGCUCCUCCCCCACCUCCGACGGGCCCGGCUCCUCCACCACAACCGCCGCCACCGCCAACAAUCUACCGAUCGGCACCAGUAUCAGCGCCGCCGCCACCACCAACAACAUUGCCAACAAAACCAAAUUUUCCUGAAUAUAAACGUGUGCCUAAGACAUCAUCUUCUCAAGCUCAUCUCUGUGACACACUUAUCUACAUUCCGAACCCUCGCUGA